UUCAACACUACUAUAUAACAAAUAAUUUGAGCUAUGGAGUGCUUAAUAGGAAUCACAGGCAAAGACUUUGUGGUGGUAGCUUCAGACAAUUUAUCUGCUCACAGUAUUAUUGCUAUUAAACAUGAUGCCCAGAAGCAGUUUGAAUUGGGGGACAAAAUGAUUAUGGCUGUUAGCGGUGAUGCAGGGGACAUGACCAACUAUGCCGAGUACAUCCAGAAGAAUCUGAAACUUUACGAGAUGGUACAUGGUUACAAACUCACUCCCAAUGCUGCUGCCAACUUCUCCAGAAAGGUGAUGGCCCAGGCUCUGCGUAGUCGUGGACCGUAUAUGGUUAACCUGCUUUUAGCUGGUGUAGAGGACGAUGGAACUCCUAGUCUUUACUUCAUGGACUACCUCGCAGCUAUGACAAAGGAGAAGUUUGCUGCACACGGUUACGGUUCCUUCUUUAUCCUGUCCACACUGGAUCGAUAUUACAGAGAGGACAUGACUAAAGAUCAAGCUGUUGAUCUCCUCAAAACCUGUAUUCGAGAAGUCCAGUCUCGAUUUAUUGUUAAUCUCAAUGCUUUCUCUGUCAAGAUAAUUGACAAGGAUGGUAUCAAAGAACUGGGGGAUAUCCCCAACAGCGGUACAGUACACAAAGACGUCCCCAAAGAAGCAAUCCAUCCCGAGCUCAUAGCCAGAGCUUAGAAAAGUGGGCUCAGUUUGAAGUUUGAUGAUAAAAAUAAUAAUCAUAACGCAUCUAGAAUGUUUAGCAUAUAAACUCAUAUAAACUCUCUCGUCUUCUCUUUGAAACUCGUUUCAUGUAAUUUGUAAUUUGUGGUUAUAUAAUUUGGUCGGUGUUAUAUAGGGAUGUUUUUUAUUUAUUAGAAAACGGUAGUUCGAAUCUGGAUGGUCGUAAAAUACGUGUAAUUAUCUGCUGGAUACAAGGUAAGAAGCGCACUGACAAACUUCAUUAUUAUUAUUAAUCGACUAACAGUUGGUUUGGCACGUAUUUUCGUUUUAUAAACAUAUUUUUACUCGAGAUAAGAGUUUAAAUAAUAAGACAAUGCCACUGGUUGCACUUUCUAGGAGUGGGCAGACAAAGAUAAAAGAGAGAACAUUUAAAAAGUAAAUUUAUAUAGAUCGUCAAAUCACGCUGUCAUGCACUUUUUGCCUUUAUCAAGGAAACUGUAAGGAUGCGAUAUUUUAAAUCCAGCUUUGUUCUACUUAACUUUCGUCAAGCAUCCUUUGAAGCAAGGCAACAUUUUCUAUAAAAGAAGACUAUAUUUGUACUUUUUAUCAACAACCGGCUUGUUGGACGUUAUAAUGCUGAGCAGUAUAUAUAUAUCUACAUGUACAAUGUACAUUUCCUGUAGAUUUGCUCGAUUUAUUUAACAUGUACUCAA